CCAAAUCAGUUUUAGUUUUCCCUUUGGUGUCACUCCAGAAACACUCUACAAAAUUCACUAGUUUUUUAGACAAAAUUCAUAUUCCCUUAAAGCAAAAUGAUCAUAGACAUGGACAACCCCGACAUUCCGGAUGAGGUCAUCAACUACGUGGAGGAGCAGCGAGCUCGACAGCGUGAAUUUGUCAUCCAGAAGGAGUUGCUCAAGGAGCGCAUCAAGAAGGCGCAGGACAUGAUAAAGCUGCUAGAGGGUCGGGCCAAUGCACUUCCUUGCACCAUUGCGUGUGGCAACAUCUACCAGCAGAGCACCGUGCAACAGUUGAGGGAAAGUCUGGCUGCCAAUCUAUCGAGCUCCAUGGAGGACUUCAUCGAGACCCACCGGAAGAUCCUGGCCAUACAGCGAGAUCUCAGCCAGGACUACGAGACGAUCUGCGAGAACGCCAACCGGCCGGAUUAUCUCACUUAGAUGGCCUAAAUGAAGUCUAGGAAGUGCUGUAAUUUGGCAAUGCCGACCUUAACAGCAUUAGUGAUCCUAUUAUCCUUGAAAUCGGUUAGAGGGACGACUAAAUCAUGCAGUUGAUACCUACCAUUUAAUUUGUAAAUAAAUAUGAACCGAACUUUA